AUGUCGCUGACUACCGAUUCCAACGAAGCACUACCUGCUGAAAUACUGCUUAUGGUCUUCAGAGCAUUCUUCGAUGGCAUUGUCCUGUUCCCACAGGCCCGGUCCCAGGACGCCUUCAAUGCCGAUUGUCAAGACAGAAGGUUUCAUGAGUCGCGGCUUGCGAUGCUGUUGCUGUCCAAGUCACACUCUCGGAUGGUUCAGGACGCUUUAUGCGAAUGUGCAACCGUGCGGACUUGGUGUCCGACAGAUCUAUGUCUCCUCGACCUCGGCACGUACCCUUUGGACAGAAUAGAGAAGCUUGAGAUUGACAUCUCUGAUGAACGACAUCACGAGCCUCCCUUUCUUCUACUGAGCAGAAGCAUCAGAAAGCAGCCCAGACUGAGGUUGAUCCGUUUCGUCACAACUGGUGUGGACUUCACCUUUUCGCAAUGCUCACUGCUUGCGGAGACACGCCAGACCACCUCAGAGCUGACCAGUGUUGCACGAAAACUAUCUGAUUCGAGAGGUACGGGAGGCCAGGCCAUGAUGAAAGAAGCUUGGCUGAGAAAACUUGUGAUCGAUGCAUCUCAUCCUUCUCAUGCGCUCAACAUCGAGAUCGAGUUCCAACUCUGCAACUGGUAUUUACCGCAUGUCCGGCUACCACGCGUCCGUCUCUCACCAGAGGCUGUGGGCAAUCUCGAGGACUUCGAUAUUCCAGUUGUGUUCUCUGCCAAGCGUCAGACACUCACUGGAAAGCACGGAGACAUCUGUUUCUCGGUACCACAACAGCCUCUGUUCCAAGAAGAGUUCCAGCAGGACCAACAUGGAGACUUCAAGCAGACCCAACAAGACAUUUUCUCGGACAACUCGGAUGCAGAGACUGGAGUCUGGAGCAUAGUUGCCGAACGAUUCUCUGAUAUCGAGCUCACUGCAGAAGCUACAUCACAACUGUACAGCUUGAUGGCAGAUGAACCGCACCCAUCAGCCAACAGCAUAGAGCCUGAAGAUGCCACGGAGACUAGGGAUCAAAGACUUGCAUGGAGUGUUGGGAAGAUCUUAUAUGCAUAUCGCCACAACGAUUGCAACGAAUGCGCGUGGGACGACCAAAUUGCAGAGCCUGAGUUAAGCCCAAGACAGCUGUACAGUAUAUGGCGAAGAGUGCUGCAGGUGGAGGAUGAGGAAGUGCUCAGACGCCCAUGGCGUGAGGCUUAUGACUUGGUCACCGAUAUUGAUAGGGAUGCAGAGGCGCCAGGUUACAUGCACUUCGACCAACAAAAAGCCUUCUUCACACGCCUCUUUGAUCCUACACGAAAUUGGAUCUCGAAGAAGAGGCCCAGCAGAGGUCUGACUUAG